AUGGAAACAAUUGAGGGUACGCAGAACGAGAUUGCGAAAGGCUUCAAAACUCUGCAACGUAUCAACACCCGUUUCCGCAGAGCGCGCGUGCGGCUGUACGAUAAAGAGGCGUCCCUGUUGCUCGCCACGGCGGCAGCAGCGGUUUCUGACGGUAGUCUGGAGGCCCUGAGGAGGAAACUGCCUUCAUCUCAGGAGCCUGAGAUUCCGCCGUUUGCGUCUGCGAAAGGCAGCAAAUCGCGAAGCUCGCGUGAGGCCGCACAGAUCCCAACAACUCUCUCCAGCCCUCCUGGCAAGCUGCGAGACUCCAGCCGCGCUAUCCUGCCGCCUGCCACCGGGUUCACGGAAAUCUCGUCUGCCAGGCGCCACAGCAAAUCUUCUGGCGAGUCAGACCCGCAGCCGCCCCGCCUGCGAGACAUGCAGAAUCCCAAUGCCGUUUCAAAGAGGGGCGACCACCAGCCGUUCGGGGGAAGUUCACAAACAGGUGCCAGCGCCGCGGCGCGAACUGGCGCACACGCGGCCUCCACAGUCCUCGCGUGCCAUCGGCCUCAGCGUGAUAUCCCUGCAUGCAUCCUUGACCUGGUUGAAUCCCACGCAAAUGCCAUGACGCGAACGAUUCUGCUUACUAGCGAAACAGAGGCGCUCUUCAAACCCCCCGACUGGAUUCUACAGGAACGACGGCGGCAACAGCAGAAGCCCGCACAACACACCGAAAAGCGCUCAGAGUCGGCGCGGUCAGACACCCGCCGCGCGGCGGAGUCAAGCCUGCUGUCGGCGAGCACGGCUGACGAGCUGUCGUCUCGUUCUCAACUCGCCUCCGCAGGACACGAACCUGUCCCUUUGCAGAGCGCGGACUCGCCAGACGCCCGCGGGAGCCGCCAUGAGAAUUCUGCCUGUGCUACCGCGACGGCAGAGCAAACUUCAAAGAGCUCGCUAGCCGCCUCUGAAAUCGCCACAGCUUCGGACGCGCGUUUGACCGCCGCGAAAGCAGCGUCUGCGUUGCGGGCGAGUUCUCUUCGCGACGCAACUCAGCGCUCUGCCGGCGACCCUCGCGGGCGCGGCGACGUGGGUUUUACCCGGGCGCCUGACUGUCUCGCGGAAGACGGGAAGACGUGUGGCAACAGCCCCUCCUGCGCCAGGCAGCGGUACUUGGACGACCGAGGCGGGCGCAGGCUGCUGUGCAGAACUCGCUGCGGCUGCGGCUCAGAGGACGCGCACAGCUCGCAGGCGACAAGUACCCCGUUGAGCCGACUCGAAAUUCAACCAGGAAAACUGCAAAAAAGCGCGACAAGCCCAGAUCGGGACUGCAGAGGUCGUGCAGAGGGCGGCGCAACAUCUGCAAGCGGCUUUGGGUACUGCGCGGACGCUUUGCGUGAGCGGAGGGAAAGCACGCGGGUGGUUGCCUCUGCCAGCGGAGGCGCGGAUGCAGACACAGCGGCUAGCUGGAGCAGGUCGUGCGUGAAAAGCUCGCCUGCGGGCUUUCGCGGACGCUCAGAAGGAUCGCGUUCUGUUUCUUUUUCUACGCUGACGAGCUUUCGCGGAUGUGGGGACGCACAGAAUGCACACGCGGCGCUGCCACCACGCAGCUCCGCUCGCCUCCCGGUGAGGCAGCCCUUUUGGCGAGCCGCAGGAAAACCGCGCGCUGCCGCCCUGCCGGAGCGCAGCCUCUCUAGCGAAGGCGCAGCAGCAACAAAAACACAUUCAAAGGGCGUUUGCGCAUCUGCUGGUGCAGGGAAGCAACGGAGCGACGCCUCCUGGUCACCAGGGGGGCAGAGGCGCGGCCAGAAAACCGGAUUCCUUGAGAGGUUUCGCCACGCGCAAGCGCCGAUAGAUGCGCGUCGGGGCCACUGCCAUCUGCAGGACUUCGCCCUCUACGAGGCAGUUCUUGACAAAUCUUUCCGGCGGUCGGCAUACGUGGACCUGUGA